AUACCACUAGCCAAUAAGUAUGUAAAGUCAUGAACGGUGAUUUUGUUAUCAGUGUCCCAUCUUAUGAAGUCAUCAGCUUGUACAUCCGGGCACUUCACAGGCACGGAAGUUCACCAACAUUUGUAACUGCUGGAUAAGUACCAUAAUUUAUAGCUACAAAAUAAUACCGCAAAAUGGAGGAUAUUAUGAUAAUUUUAUAUAUUUAUAUAUGACGUUUAAGGGAAUAAAGAGAGGGGAAUACUUGUGUCGUGUACUUUUCUUGGAAUAUUUUGAAAUUGUGUAAAAUAUGUGAUUGGUGGAGUUUUUGAAGUUAUUUUAGAAUAAAGUAUUGUUUAUAUACAUGUACGAUUUUAAGGAAAAGGAAACUCAAUAGGCAAACCAAAAUGCAGCAAUUAUGAAACAACGCGCUUGUGAUAUUAAAGUACAGUAAAAUUAAACUUAAGGCUUGUUAAAGUAACACAGAUUCGAAAGUAAAGGAUUACAGCAAAUUAACAGUUGAAAAUAAAGGACAUAUUUCUUGCAAAAAGUGGAGCAAAUCACAAAAGGAAAGCAAUGACAUUUCUAGGAAAGGACUACAGCUUAUUACUAACAGAAAACAAGGACUUUUGAAUUGAAAAACCGUUGUAAAUACAUGUAGUACAUUUCUAGCAAAAUACUGCAGCAAAUAACAAAAUAAAAAACUUCUUCAGUAGGGGACUGCAGCAAAUUUCAAGCAAAGGACGGUAGUAGAUUAAUAAUCAAGAAAAUGACAUAAUAAAGUCCAUGUAAAGGAUUACAGCCGAUUACAAGUAGAAAAACAGAGAAUUAUCAAACCAAGGACUGCAUCAAACUACAUCAAACUACAAGUUGAAAAUAAAGGAAUUCUCCACCUUCAGAAAAGGGUAAAGCUACUGCCCAAAAGUAGAAAUAAAGACUUUUUUAAAAGCAGGUUUACAGUAAAACAAACUUAGCAAUGAACAAUCCCUCGGGAGAUACGGCGCAACCAGUGGACCGAUCCUUGAAGGUGACGGUGGUGGGCGACAGCGGAACCGGUAAGACGUGCCUCCUCAAGGCGUUCGCCAACAACAAGUUUCCGGAAGAGGAAACAAACUGUCAGAGCCUGUUUGAGAAUUCCAAGGGGACCAUCAGAGUUGGAAGCGGGGGAACAUUUGAGGUUCCAGUGGCGUUCACUGUCGGAAACGAGCGUAUAGAGUUUGGACUUACAGAUACCAUCGGAACGGAGAAUUACCGCUCACUUCGCGAAGUGUUUGCAGCGAACACGAACAUUUUUCUGGUAUGCUUUAGUGUGACGGAUCCUGUAACAAUGGAAAAUGUCAAAACUAAUUGGUUGACUGAGAUUAAAGCUCUUACUCCCGGGGCACCAUUUAUUCUUGUGGGAACAAAGACUGAUCUCCGACAGAGUACAGAGGUUUUAGAACGUUUGAAGUCUCAGGGAGCGGACCCAGUGUCCAUGCUAAAGGGGAUAAAGAUUGCAAAGCGCAUUGGCGCUUUGGAAUAUGUUGAGUGCUCCGCCGUUGAUAUGAUUGGAGUCAAGGAAGUGUUUACUGCCGUUGCUAUGGUAACGAAUCCAAACAGUGAAAAAAGCGGUGGAAAACGAAAACCUGAAAACGGCCCAUGUGUAUUGUCAUGAUAUGUAACAGCAAUUUUGGGUGAUUGUGUGUAAAUAUUUAACAUAUGCUAUUUAAAGUGCUUUUAAAAAAAAAACACGUAUGUAUCAGUUACACGCAUGAUUUCAAUUAUUUUUCAUUUUAAUAUAUUUUUAUCAAGGCAAUAGAUUACUCAGUCAGUUUGAUUUUAAUAAGGAUGUUCGCUUUCCAGUUUCCACAAUUUCUACAUAAGGCCAAAAAAAAAAUUGUUUGUUUAGGGUAACCUUCCCAAAAUUUCUAGAUAGGGUAGGUAGGGAUUUUUUUUUUUUCAAAAUUUGUCGUAAGUUCAGAGUGUUUUCUUGCACAUGGCAGUCUUUCCUACAUUACUGUCAUUGCCUGACUUUGUUUAAUCAUAUUAACAAUAAUUCUGAUUAAAAUGUGCAUUUAUCCGCUCUUCGUAACUCUCUAUUCACUAACGAAUAUUUUUUGGUUCAGAAACGGAAAAAAAUAGUUAGGAUCGGCGCAUUUUUAUAGGUAGGGUCGGGUUACCCGAAACGGACAUUUUUUUAGGCCUAAGCGAAAAGGCAAUUUAAACACGUUAUUUGCUGGCAAAAAACGAGUUGUUUUUGUUAAUGAUAGCAUGCAAGCCAUUACACAAUUCCGUAGCACAAAACUUAUUUUUUUAAUGUAACGAUGUAUCUUCCGCCUUGUUGUAAACUUGUGUUGCUACUUCAAAGCUAAUAUUUGAGCACAUUCAAGUUGAACAGUGACAUUUACCGGAAAACGACUCUUAAAGGACCUCGUGCUGUGUAGAUACAGUUUUCGUGAAGUUGUAAAUCCUUACAUGGAAUACUUUUGAAUUGAUUUACUUAUCACGUGAAUGAAUAAUACAUGUAUGUAAACAUCGUAUGGAUGAAUGGACGUAUAUUUUUUAUUAAGCAGAGAGUUAUUUUGGAUGCAGAAACAAAUACUGUCGAACCCCGUUGUCUCGAGCUCCCAGGAACCGGCGAAAAUACCUCGAGCCUCUCAAAACUUCGAGCCAAGCAGGAAUGUUUAUCUUCAGUAUUAAGAAAUCUGUUCUUUAGAUCGAUUUCGAGCCAGAGAAUAUUUCUAGCCUAGCGAGUUCUAGCUAAUGGGGUUCGACCGUAUAGUUAAAAGAUCUGUCACAGAAACGUGUCAAUGCCCUCAAUUGGGCCUUGUCGAGAAGAUGUCUUGAAUAAACAACAUGAAAUUUAAAUAAAAUGUUUGAAAAAAUA